UUGCACUGAGCCACAAUGAAGACUUUGUGUGUUGUUGUUGUUGCGUUGAGUCUAAUCUCAGGGUGCCAGUCUGCAUCGCUGGUCUGUGAGACGCUGGGGAAGCCAGUAGACAGAAGUCCAGAUUUUCCAGGGAGAUGGCACCUCGUAGCUACGUCAUCUGACAGCUGUCUGCUUACAUCGGUUUUGUUUUCUUUCCUUGAGCUAAGUGCUUUCGCAGACAUUUACACAACAGACAAACUGAACAACUACAAUAUCAACUUUGGAUAUAAAACGUUUGGACAUUGUGGAAAUGCUACUCAAUUAUUUUUGAUUGAGAAAAACACUAUACAAGUUCAUGAUGACAGAGUUGACCGUGAAAAAAACGUGCUGCUUCAUACUGGUUGUCAUGACUGCUUUGUUGUAAAGAUGGACGGCACUUUACAUCUUUACAGUAGAAGAAUAACCAUCACUGCUGCAGAGAUGAUGGAGUUUCAGAAACAGGCUGACUGUCUUGGCUUGCACAAACCAACAGUCUUAAACACAGAUCACGACCGUGAAAACUGCAAGCCAUUAGACGAUAUAAAUACUGAUGAGACGGAAUUUCAACUCUUAGCUCAACAAAGACUGAGAAACAUGGUCAACGACUUCUACAUGUGUGCUAAAGAAACGUAUCUUUACUACCCCCGUCUUGCCUAUGAGUGGGCUCAGCAAACGUGGGCUAAUCUUUGGUAAAUGCACAAAAAAUAAAAUAAACAUUCUCCUACUUCAA